UUGGCUGCAGGUCAACGCCCGGUAGGGCUGCAUUUGAGUCGCCGGAACAGGAGUCCUCAGCCAUGUCGGUGCAGUUCCAGUCGCAGAAUUUCCAGCACAUUCUGCGUAUGUGCAACACGAACGUCGAUGGCCGGCAGAAGGUGAUGUUUGCGCUCACCGCCAUCCGCGGCAUUGGACGCCGCAUCUCAAACAUUGUCUGCAAGAAGUGCGACAUCGACCUCAACAAGCGCGCUGGUGAGCUGACCACCGAUGAGGUGAACAAAAUCGUGGCGGUGGUGAGCAAGCCCCUGGAGUUCAAGAUCCCCGCGUGGAUGCUCAACAGGCAGCGCGACAACAAGGAGGGCAAGACCGCGCAGAAGUAUGCAAACUUUCUGGACCAGGCCUUGCGUGAGGACAUCGAGCGCAUGAAGCGCGUGCGCCUGCAUCGCGGUCUGCGACACUACUGGGGCAUCCGUGUGCGCGGUCAGCACACGAAGACCACGGGCCGUCACCGUGCUUUCGCGUCUAUGGACGGCGGCGGCAAGAAGAAGUGAGAGGCCCUGUGAAGCGACGAAGUGGCAGCCUUGCGAGUGGAAA